AUGUGCCUCCCGGCCCCGCAGAUCGCUCUGGCCCCCACCUCUCACCCCGACUGUGCCCUGGAGUGGAAGGGUUGGGGAGGCAACUGCGCCCAAGCUGACAGCCAGGGCUCUCCCUUCCAGCCGACCCCCAACCGCCGGCGGCGACGGCUGCAGCAGAAGGAAGGAAACAAGCCGAAUAAAAUAAGGCAAAAGCCCAGCGGUCGAGUGGCCGAAGCGAGCGCGCCCCCCCAGACCUCUCCAGCCCUGGGGCGCCCGGGCGCACAGCUCUGUCUGGGCGGUGCGCCUCUCCCUGGCCCCCAACUCACCACUGCCGAGCCGGGUGCCGUGGGGUGGGUGUGCGUGCCUCUUGGGGGUGUGUGCCUCUGUCGGGGAGGGGUGUUGCUGGGGAACUGUUGCUCUCGGUAUCACGGCGGUAGCGGCGGCAUCGCCCGGCAGUUCGCACAAAUCACCACCGGCUGCGGCGCCUCCGCCGCGUCCCACGUCAACGCCGAGCCCCCUCCCCUGCGAGGCCCCGGCGCCUCUCCAUCUUUAGUGCUGGCGGCCGAGCCCGGCUCCCUGCCCACAGCUGCCCCCCUUCCCUCCCCCCUCCCGCCCGUCCCCCCGCUCCGCCCGCCCACCCCCCCGCACUGGCCGAGCCCGCGCGCGCUCUCCGCCCCACCCCUCCCCUCUCCUGCCGUCCCCUCCCUUCCCCGUGCGCCGCGCUCCGGGCUUCGCCUGACAUCUAGCUGCUGCCGGGGCGCUGGCGGCCGCCGCUCACCCGCCAAGCGGAGAGGAGAGAAGGAGGAGCUCGUGGAGAGGCGCACCAGGGACAUGGACGCCUCAUUGGGGGCAAUGGAGAUGAGGGGCGAGGAGCUGCCCCCAUCUUCAACCCCCAGAAUGUUAAUCUCCAGUGGGAACAGGCCUUCUGAGCAUCCAGACUGCGAUUCGCCUCCAGGCGCAGAGUUCGCGGGCCCGGGUGAACCGAGUGCCAGAGGCUCCCGCGGGGAUCUGUCGUCGAGGGGAGACGCCCCCGUUUUAGCUGUCGCGACCCCUGGAGGCCAAGGGAACCUUGGCUGGGAGCAGUUCCGCAAGAACUGCGCUCAGUUCGGGACAAAGUCUUCAGGGGGCGAGUGA